AUGGAGCCGCUGGUGUCGCAUCCUGAACCCGAAUUGGAACAGGAGUAUCUCACGGAGCAGGAGCAGUGGAGCCAGAGGUACGCGAGGAACCUCGAGGAGGAGUGCUGCAGCUCCGACGAGUCGGAGGCCGGCUUCAAGAUGCCGGAGUACAACGUGAGUUCACUCGUCUCCAUCCGUUUGGUGAUGGACGGCGAGGCGGCCGCCCACCUGGAGUUCCUGCACCGCGUGCUGCGGCCGCUGGUGGACGCCUACGUGGUGGCGGGCCUGGCGCUGGGGCGGCUGGUGGGCCGCGAGCUGGCCGAGCGCGACCUGCUGCUCGACGUGCUGGCCGAGAUGAAGACCCAGCUCGACGCGGGAUUCAUCUCCUGCGGGGAGAGCAUGUGCGUGGACCCGGUGAGGAACGCGCUGAAGCUGUUCGAGUGCUGGGGCGUGCUGCAGUGCCACUCGCACGGCGGCAUCAAGCUCUACUACCUCCACCGCGACUACGACAGCGACGAGCGCGUGGCGCAGGUGUUCCGCAAGCUGGGCCGGUUCAAGCACGCCGCCCGGCGCGCGCUGUGACACGCCCCCCCCCCCCCCACCAUCCCUUCCCCUUCCCCCUCGCCCCGGCACGGCGUCCGAGACCCGCAGUGCGUCAAGCAAAACUGGCCCAGUGGCGUGCUUCAUUAGUCUGGAGAAGUAUAAACCGGAAUACGCCAUUUGAUCGACGAGUACAAAUUUUAUUGUCGUUUCGUUCCCUCGAUUUGGCUUUGUUAAAAGCGGAGUUCGUGCGUAAUUUAGUGGUAAUUUUCUGAAUUUUUAUAUGACUGGCUGCUGCAUUUAGUAUUGAAUUUAAUUUCAGAAUGACAACUACAAUAUGAAAAAUGUUAUACGGCCUACGAAAAUUUCUUCACGUACGUUCUAUUCCUUGGUCAAAACCAGUAUAGAAUUUUUUUUGGUUUCUGCAUGUCCCCUCUCCAAAAUUAUGUGUUUUGAUUAUUGAGAUAUUUUCAGUUUUGUGUUGGUUUUUAAAUUAAACGUACAGAACUGAAAACUGCUCAGCAGUACGAUUAAAAAAGGUUUUUCAAGUUUUAUUAAUUAGUUUGACUUAAUUAUUUAGAAUUCCUAAGGGCAUAUUUUCGGUUUUUGCUAUGCCAUGUGUAGCAAAUUGCAGUAUCUUCGCCACAACUUGUAAUUUUUAUUUUACUAUUACGUAUGAUAAGCACAUGCACGAUAUUGCCAAUUUCUCGAGGAAUGGUUUGGACAUCAAUAAUUUAAUCUGGUUAAACUAGGCCUUCAUACCUUGGCUGAAAGACGGUAGUGUAACUGCUGCUAUAGCAGCUGCUGAAACGUUGUGUGGGUCCUGUGCUUUUAACUGCUACGAGUCUGCUAGUGUCCGAGACUAUGACAGUGAAAAAUAUUUAUCUGCGAGACUAGAUGCGGCAGUAACCAGUAAACCUUCAUGGAGGCGGCAAGUUGGUCGUCUGCUCAAACAUGAUUGCCCGCAGAAACAGUUGGCUGCGUUUUGCCUGCCGGGAAGAAUGGCAGAGAGGCAAACAUCGGUACGCCUUCGCUUGUGGAACGUGAACUUUAUGUGGAAACAGAGUAGAAAAUCUAGAGAUACUGGUUGGAUUGUUUUCCACACAGUGUAAUGUUAAAGGUAAUAAUUAUCAUGUAUUUUUAUAAGCUGAAGACAUUUAGAUUUUAAGUAAGAACUUGUUGUGGCAUUGCUCAUUUUAUUCCUGUUCCUUGUACUGUACUUGUGUGCUAUUCAAAACUCAAGACAAACAUGUUCAUAAAGCAUUGAAGCCCUGAAGAAAUAACAGGAAAAAGGUUAAUGGUUAAGAAAUUUAAUCUUGUUCUGAAAGUUGGCCAUUGUAUUUCUCAUAAAUUUUUAAAACUUUAUUUUUCAAGCUUUGUAUUUGUGUCUUGGAAUAUUCAUGUCAAUUAAAUUUUUAAAUACAGUUUGCCAUCUGAGAGUGAAUACAAUGCUGGCAAGCGAAAUGUCAUGUGUGAUUUGUUGUCCAUUGUACGUGUUAAGAGAUGUUGCAGAAUAUACUUGAUUCUAAGAUGCAACUUUUUUUAAUAUCCACGUGCACACUCAUCAUACAAGGAAAGCAUAUACCGUAGUUUCUGGCUUCUGUAUAAUGUGAUGCUACUUUCAUAUCAUCCCAUGAAAUGGUAGUACAUAUAAUACUUUAUGAAUUAUACUUGAAUUAAAUGAAUUCUCACUUUUAAAGUGUAUACAUAUACAUACACAUACACAUGUUAAGUUUUGAAGGUUUUUUUUUUUUA